UGAUAAAAUGCCUUUGAGUGUAUAUAUUGGCGUUCUGCGCUGCAGAAUCUAUCCAAAUGGUUAUCGAGAAUGGGGAAAAAGUUGUAAAAGGAAGUGAUAAGAUAGAGCGAUCUUGAGAUAUUGGACACCAUUAGCGCGCUUUGGGCGAAAGAAGCCAAGAAAAAUGUCUUCAGUUGACCCUCUUCGUGGCUCCAAGAGUGCUGUUCUCUGAGAGUGAAAUGUUGGGCAUUUUGCUCGUCUCUUUGUCCAUUCUGACAGGCUUUUCCUGGGCAGAAAACUGUCCAACAGAGAGAAAUGUUGUCGUUUGCUACUACUCCAGCUGGGCGGUGUACAGACGAUCGCCAGCCACAUUUCGCAUAGAGUACAUCGAUCCCAAGUACUGCACUCAUCUUGUGUACACUUUCGCCGGACUGAAUCUGGACGGAAUCAUGGAUACGCUGGACUACGCGAAUGACAUCACGAACGGCGGAUACAAGAGCUUCACUGGGCUGAAGGAGAAGUAUCCGUGCGUGAAGACACUGCUGGCCAUCGGAGGGUGGAAUGAGGGAUCGGAGAAGUACUCUCUGAUGGUGGAGACUGAGGAGUCGCGAGAGUUCUUUGUGAGUCGCGUCAUGCGAUAUCUCGUGCAGUUCAACUUUGACGGGCUUGACAUUGACUGGGAAUAUCCAGGGCAUCGUGGCGGCAUUCCGGCUGAUAAGGAGAACUUCGCUAAGUUGCUCGCGAUGCUGAAAGAGCGUCUGAAGCCGCGAAAGCGCCUUCUGACUGCCGCCUUAGCCGCCCCAGUUGGCAUCAUAGAAGAGGCUUACGAUGUUGAGGAAGUGUGCAAACACCUUGACCUCGUCAUGAUCAUGGGAUACGACAUGAACGAGGCAAACAAGACGAGCACUCACUCACCUCUGAAGCGUGAAUCGUCAGAAUCAUCAAGCAGACCCACCGUUCACGAUGCCGUUCAGUUCUACACGCGAAAUGGCUGCGAUAAGAAGCAACUCGUCCUGGGCAUUCCUGCCUACGGAAAAUCCUACACGCUGGCAGACAAAUCGAAGCAUGGCAUUGGGGCGAAUGUUGAGGGCCCGGGAAAGGCUGGGCCGUACUUGCAGGAAGCAGGAUUUCUGGGCUACAAUGAAAUCUGCGAAUCCAUGAGCCAAGAUCAGUGGACAACAGUUCAUCUGAAGAACAAUGCCGUCAAAUAUUCCUACAAGGACGAUCAAUGGGUCAGUUACGAUGACGCAGAAACUGUGACGUCUAAGACUCAGUACGCAAAGAGUGAAGGAUUGGCUGGCGUGAUGAUCUGGACGAUAGACACGGAUGACUUCCAUGGCGAUUGCAACAAGCAAGCCUUCCCACUCUUGAUCGCCGCCAACAAAGCUCUUGGGCGCCAAUGAAUUUGUUCAGCUUGAGAUGAUAUAAUUUUCAGAGAAAUUAUGAAAUUCAUUAAAAUUUAUAAUCCAACACACUGAUGUUGAGGUGAAUUUAUCAAUGAACGAUGCGCCAAAAUAAUUGUCAUUGCACAUCUUGAUAGGAAAAA